AUGUUAUCUCGGACCUGGACCAUGAAGCUGGUAGAAAGACCUGUGACUCCCCGGCUCCCCCUCUUACUGGUGGCACUCUGGGUGCUGCUCCUGGUUCCAAGCCAGGGUUUUCAAGGCCGUCCCACAUGGCGCUUUAUCUCAUCAGAGGUGGUCAUUCCUCGGAAGGAGACGUACCAUGGUAAGAGAUUUCAACCACCAGGACGGCUCUCCUACAGCUUGCGUUUCAGGGGCCAGAGACACAUCAUCCACCUGAGAAAAAAGACACUUAUUUGGCCCAGGCACUUGCUGCUGACAACUCAGGAUGACCAAGGAGCCUUACAGAUGGAUUACCCUUUUUUCCCUGCAGAUUGUUACUAUAUUGGCUACCUGGAGGGGAUCCCUCAAUCCAUGGUCACUCUGGAUACUUGUUAUGGGGGCCUGGAUGGGAUCAUAAUGUUCGAUGACCUUGCCUAUGAAAUCAAACCCCUCAAUGACUCACACAGGUUUGAGCACUUUAUUUCUCAGAUAGUGGCUGAUUCUGAAACAGUUGGGCCUAUGAAUGAAUGGAAGCACAUGGACCAUAGCAUUGGCCACCUCUCCUCUGAAACAAAUUUCACUAUGGCUCCCAGAAUGUCUGGUAGAGACUAUGCUACACAUCCAGCUGCUGUAAAAGGCCAUUUUCAAGCAACUUAUUCUAUAUAUGAAGGAAUCUAUGAUGUUGACAGAAUUUGCAAGUAUUUGUUUUCGCUAGUCAGUUUAAUGGACACCUAUAUGAGAAAUAUUCAUAUGCGCUACUAUGUUAUUCUCUUAACUGUGUAUAACACGGGGGAUCCAUUUGCCCGUGACUCCUCAGUACCAGGAAGUGAGUCUCACAGAUACUAUAUUCAAAACUUUUAUAAUAGAUUUACCCCUGAUGCUGGAAGUAUAAUCCAUAGGUAUUUCCCCCCAGAUGAUGAAGUUCAUCCAAUUGAACAGAGUGUCUGUACUAACAAUGCUCUAACCUGGGUUGGUCAAAAUGGGCGAUACUAUAUAUUUGUGUCUGUUGUAGUAGCCAACCGUGUAGGGAGGGUUUUAGGUAUUAGUUUUGAUGAUGAGACAACCUGUUUUUGCCAGAGAAGGCGCACCUGUGUUAUGUUCAGGAGACCCCUGCUAGCAGAUGUCUACAGCAAUUGUUCCCUUGUACAGCUAAACCAAAUACUCAAUACCCCUGGUACCAUGCCAUGUCUUUUCUAUGACCGUCAUACUUACUAUAAUAAAACAGCGACCUACGGUAUUUGUGGUAAUGCCAUACUAAAUGAAGGUGAGCAAUGUGACUGUGGCUCACACAAGGCAUGUUAUGCAGAUUCCUGCUGCCAGAGUGAUUGCACAUUCACAAAGGGUAGCAUUUGCGAUAAAGAAUCAUGCUGUGUAAACUGCACCUACAGUCCUGCUGGGACACUUUGCAGAAGUGUCCACAACAUAUGUGAUCUUCCAGAGUACUGUAGUGGGAAUGGACUCCAUUGCCCAAAAGACUUUUAUCUGCAAGAUGGAACACCAUGUUCAGAAGAGGGCUAUUGCUAUCAAGGAAACUGCACCGAUCGCAAUAUGCAUUGCAAGGAAAUCUUUGGUGCAAGUGCUCAUGAGGGCAAUCAAAAGUGCUAUGAAAUCAAUAGGGAACGGUAUCGAUUUGGACAUUGUCAGAGAGCAGAAGAAAACCUCUUAUUCACACCUUGUGCUGAUAGAGAUAAGAUGUGUGGAAGGUUGCAGUGUACCAAUGUCACCCAGCUUCCACACUUGCAGGAACAUGUUUCAUUCCAUCAGUCACUUAUUUCUGGGUUUCCCUGUUUUGGGCUUGAUGAGCACCGUUCAACAGAAUCAACAGAUGCUGGACGGGUAAGACUUGGUACUCCAUGUUCCCAAACUAAUUUCUGUGAUCGAGGGUCUUGCAAUGGAACUUUGACUGAACUGAAUUAUGACUGCGUCCCGGAAAAGUGCAACUUUAGAGGAGUAUGCAAUAAUCACCGGAAUUGCCAUUGUCAUGUAGGUUGGGACCCUCCAAACUGUGUGGGAGAAGGACCUGGAGGGAGUGUAAACAGUGGACCCCCUACACAUAAAAUGCGUACAAUAAGACAGAGCCAACUACCAGUGGUAUACUUAAGAGUGGUCUUUGCUCGUAUUUAUGUCUUUAUAGGCUCUUUGCUCUUUGGGAUGGCCGUUCGGGUGACAGCUACUAAGAUUAUCAACUUUGAAUACUUGCAAGCUGCUUUGCUUCGGCAGAGAGCAGCACCCAAUGUGCAAAAGUGA